AUGUCAGAGAAGCAAGAGAAAUCAUUAAGUCCUGUCCCUUCACGUGAAGGACAGGUCCUCGAGGCUCAGCAUGAUGCCGUUUUUGGAGAAAUCACCGAAGAAGGUCCGAAUUAUCGCGAUGUAGGAUGGCUAGGAACAUCCGUCUUGAUGAUGAAAACCCAAAUUGGUCUCGGUGUCCUUUCAAUCCCCGUCGCUUUCGAUUCAUUAGGCAUAGUUCCUGGCGUAAUAUGCCUAUGUGCUAUUGCAGCCAUCACAACGUGGUCCGACUAUAUAAUCGGUGUCUUCAAACUUCGACAUCGCGAGGUUUACGGUAUUGACGAUGUGGGCGAGCUGUUACUUGGCCGCACGGGAAGAAUCCUACUCGGAGGUGCAUUUGUUCUCUGGUGGGUCUUUGUCGCCGGCUCGGGAAUGCUGGGGAUCUCUAUCGGUCUCAAUGCUGUCUCCGACCAUGCCGUUUGCACGGCAGUCUAUGUUGCCAUUGCUGCUAUUAUAGCAUGUAUACUCGGUAGUAUCCAGACAUUAGGUCGUCUCUCUUGGCUCGCCUGGAUUGGUCUGUUCUCUAUCUUGACUUCAAUCAUGAUCGUCACUGUCGCCGUUGGUAUCCAACCUCGUCCAACAGCCGCACCGAAAGACGCUGUCUGGGUUCCUGACUACAAAAUUGUCAACAAUCCAGACUUCACCGAUGCCAUGACUGCUGUAUGUACCAUCGUGUUUGCGUACGCCGGUACUCCAGCAUUCUUCUCUAUUGCAGCGGAGAUGCGGGAGCCCCGUCAUUUCAACCGAUCGUUGUUCCUCUGCCAGGGAGUUGUCACGGUAUACUAUCUUGCGAUCGGCAUUGUUAUCUACUACUACUGUGGAUCAUACGUUUCAUCCCCUGCUCUUGGAUCCGCUGGUCCAGUCGUAAAAAAAGUGAGCUAUGGGUUUGCUCUGCCAGGCCUGUUGGUCAGCACAUUGCUAUUCAUUCACAUCACUGGAAAAUAUGUCUUUGUCCGCAUCCUACAAGGUUCCCGCCAUUUGGCAUCCAACACUAUGACCCACUGGGUGGUCUGGCUUAGCUGCACUAUCGGGACUGCUUUGGUCGCUUAUAUCAUUGCUAGCGCUAUUCCCGUGUUCAGUGAUCUCGUCUCUCUUGUGGGUGCUUUACUAGGUACUCCCAUGUGCUUCCAGCCAAUGGGUGGUAUGUGGCUGUAUGACAACUGGAACCGUAAAGAGGGUCGCCGGUCGCCCAGAUGGAUGUUCAUGGUCGGAUGGUGCUUCUUCAUCAUAAUAGCGGGAACUUUCUUGAUGAUCGGAGGUACUUAUGGAUCUGUUGUCAGCAUUAUCAAAAGCUACGAGAAGUCCGGAGGUUCGGCUGCCUGGUCUUGCGCCGACAAUUCAGUUUAG